UGAAAACAGUCUAUUGAUUUAUGCUUCACAACGCCAAUGGGAUCAGGACCAGCGCCGGGCCAGCGUGUGAAGCGAUGGACACCAAAGACUAAGACUGGCUGCGUGACGUGCAGACAGCGACGAAUAAAAUGCGAUGAAACGAAACCAGCGUGUAUCAAAUGCACCUCUGCUCGUUUUACCUGCCCCGGCUACAAGCCCCCUACUCUCUGGAAAGAGCGGCCUCUACGACAGCUAGUACCGCUGAAACCGGUCCUGACAACCCAAGACGGGUUGGUUGGCGCAUUCUUUUGCACAGAGAGCGUGUAUAGCAUCUGCCCCGGGUUCCAUAUCCAGCCUCUGUUGCAAUCUUUGAUGGAAUAUCCAGCACUGUGGCAUGCUAGUCUUGCCAUCGGCGGCAUGCACAAGCGAUCUCAGCUUAUUGCACGAAGUGGUCCAGGCGACAGGGACCUGGCCUCCAAACUGCGGACGUUUUCGCUAGCACAGUAUAGUAAAUCUGUACAGCUGGUAUUACAGAUUACGACAGAAGGCGGCAAUUGCAGCAAGAGUAUCGGCAGCAGCUACUCGACGCAGGAAAUGGUCCUAAUGGCGUCGAUCCUCUACGGAGUGAUUGGCGCGAUUGACGGCAACUUUGUCGAUGCAAGGAUGCAUGCGCUGAGCAGCAUCCGAAUGUUUAACCAGUGGGAGUUCUGGCAGCGCCGUGACAGCACGGGAGCCAUCCCAGCAAGAAUGAUUGUUGGACACUUGCUAAAUCUGGAGAGAAACCCGACUCUGCAGGCUAGUUCGAUAGAGUCCAAGGCCGUGGCACGCGUCGAUGAUGGAUUUGUAUCGAUGGCGCGUACGCCGUUUGCCACUGCAGACGAGACGUGCUGGGAGUUUGAUCUUUUGAGCGAGUCGCUUGAUGCAAGUUUGCGGGAGGCGGAGGGUUCGUCGAGCGCGAUUCGCACGCGAAGGGAUCCUUUACCUGACGUUGGCCGUAGAGCACACGAACUCUGGCAAAAGAAAUUAGUAAGUGAAUGGAGAGGAGUACAUCUGGUAGAAUAAUGGCUUUUUAUCUGUUAGUGACGAUGGGCUAGAAUAGCGGCGGAAGCCUGAGCUCGGUGCUUGGCAUCCUGCACCGCACUGGCCGCGGACGAUGUGAAUCAAGAGAUGAAUGAGUGUGUCGAAAUACAUAGCUGACUGAUGCCAAGAAAUCAUGUGUAUGGCGUUUAUCGUGUGUGAGUGUUGAAAAUGCGUCAGCUGCGUCUGUAGUUUAAUUGGUGACCGACAACACUACGACUCCCCUCUGGUCACCACUACUAUUUCAGCCUCACGUUCUACGCCAAGGGGCCGGCCGGCUGAGCCUUGUCCAUCAUCGCGGGUGAUGCGAAACGAAAUAAGAGUAGCGAAAGGGGGGCUUUCAUUAGGUUUGUGGCUGUGAUGCGUUGAAAAAACCGAGGAGUACGGAGCGGUUGCCUGCGCGGACUACCCACAUGUCGGGCAUCGGCCCCCAUCAGCCUUGGGCCUCGCAUUGCACGUAUUUGCCAUGCGACAGCCAGUCAGAGGGCAGCUAAGGCGGUAAUUUGGAGGAAAGGCUGCGUUGAUGCGAGUUGGUGGCGCUGGCAGCGAUGGCGUAAGGAAACCGAGACACCUCAGGUUGC